AGCCCCGACUUUUGGCUUCGGAGCUGUGUCCGCUUUACUUCGGUACCUUCGCCAUGUGUGCCGCUCCAGUCGCGGCGGCAGCCCUGCGCUCCGUGCACGCCUUCUCUGCGCGCCCUCUGGCCGGCGGGGAGCCCGUGAACCUGGGCUCGCUGCGGGGCAAGGUGCUGCUCAUCGAGAACGUGGCGUCGCUCUGAGGCACCACGGUCCGGGACUACACCCAGAUGAACGAUCUGCAGCGGCGCCUUGGCCCCCGGGGCCUGGUCGUCCUCGGCUUCCCGUGCAAUCAGUUUGGUCAUCAGGAGAACGGCAAUAAGGAAGAGAUCCUGAAUUCCCUCAAGUACGUUCGACCAGGCGGCGGGUUCGAGCCCAACUUCACGCUAUUCGAGAAGUGUGAGGUUAACGGUGCGCAGGCGCAUCCCCUCUUCGCCUUUCUGCGUGAGGCCCUGCCGGCGCCCAGCGACGAUGCCACUGCACUCAUGACCGACCCGAAGUUCAUCAUCUGGUCUCCGGUGUGCCGCAACGACAUCUCCUGGAAUUUCGAGAAGUUCCUAGUGGGCCCCGACGGUGUACCUGUGCGCAGGUACAGCCGCCGCUUCCCAACCAUCGACAUCGAGGCCGACAUUGAGGCCCUGCUGUCUAAGGGGCCCAGCUGUGCCUAGGAUGCCCCACCUCUUUCCAGGCUGCUUGGCAGUCACUAGGCGGCUUUCCGUGGGGGUUUCAUUAAUGAGGGUGUUUUCUCUAAACCUGAAUGGAGGAACACCUGAUGUCUGGGAAGAUACCCCCCAGAUAGGUGCCGGUCCUGUCCAUCCCAGCUUCCCCUCCCAAACCAAGACAAAUCUCUCCACUAAUAAAAUUCCAGGGGUAAGCUAAA